AUGGGAAGUUAGGGAGGCUUGGAUGGGUUGGGAGGGAAAGGCCUAUAAAUUCAGUGUAGAACUGGAGAGCUGCACCCAUCUUAAGCCAAGUUAGACCAGCUCUGAGCUUAAAACCUUCUCUGACUUCCACUAUGGAUAUUCCCAUUCAGUACCCCUGGUACCGCCGUGGCUUCCCAAGCCGAUUUUCUGACCUCUCCUUGGCAGAACCUCUUGCUGACUGGCCACUGGUGUGGCCCUUCUCCUGGUCCUUCCCCUGGAUGCGACCUUCAUUUAUGCGCUGGUUCAACUGGCCAGAAAAUGGACACAGUGAGAUGCGGAUGGAAAAGGACCGCUUUGUUAUUUAUCUGGAUGUGAAGCAUUUCUCCCCCGACGAGCUGUCAGUCAGUGUUAGCGACGAGUUCAUCACCGUGCACGCUAAGCACGAGGACAGACAGGAUGAUCACGGCUUUGUGUCAAGAGAGUUUCUGAGGAAAUACAGGCUUCCAUCUGGCGUGUUAGGGGCCGACAUCACCUCCAAUCUGUCAUCUGAUGGUGUGCUAACAAUCACGGCGCCUCGGCCAUGUCUUGGGCCAGACUGCAACAUUCCCAUCUCAUUUGAAGAUGGCUCACAGAAACAAAAAAUGUAGAGUAUCCUGACAGCCCUGAUACUGAUUAAGUACUAACCCACCACUACUUGUUUAUAUGUUGGCAUUUUGGUUAACAUAAUAGGUCAGACAAGUUGGGAAAAAAAAUGAAAACAUAACCUGCUGACUUCCAACUUACAAUUACUGAUGGAUUUAGAACAUGGUAACCUCUGGAAAAAAUUGGAUCCUGCAUAAACAUCUAACAUUACAUGUGAGUUUUGUCUGCACAAUAUUAAGCUCCAGAGAAUAGGCCUAUCUUUGACAAGAUGCAUUGAUCUAAAAUUACCAAAUGUAUUUCUUUCCUUUACCUAGUGUGUGAAUAUGAGACGAAGCCCGAGAAAGCUUUGGAUUUAGGAGACCAAACUCUAAAAAGUUGGGUGGAAGGAAAAGGCCUAGACAGCUUAAAAUGUUCUUGUCUAAAACUAACAUUGUCAGACUUAUUAACAAAAUGCCAGCUGUGCUCUCUCUUCAGUGGGAUAAGGUGCUGGUUUCUGUAAGUGAAGAGACACAGGAUCAUUGGGAGCAUUUGAUUGCUUUUUUGGUUAAUUCAAAAUGCCACAGGAGGAUUUAGGGCCAAGACUGUGUGGAGCGGAAAAAGCAACAGAUGAAGAAUGACAGGUGCAGUGUAAAGGAUGAGCACAAGAGCCACUUUUUUUCUUCAGAUAUCUUAUCUAUAUGUACUGUUUUUGACAGUGAGUACAUUUUUACUUGUAAACCCAACGCUCUACUAUUACUGUUAAACUGGCUAUAACCUCUGGCAUAUUAACACAGAAAACCAUAUUUAGAAUAAAUAUUGAAACUCAAA